UUUGGACAGUAUAAAAACAGAGUUCCCUUUCACCCUUCUCAUGCUCCAUUCUUCUGCUUAACCAACACGCUCUCACUCCAUUUCCAUGGCAACACCCUCUCCAGCCGCAGACUCAAGUUCCUCCACCGUGCAGAAAGUGAAACGCAACCUCGUCAUGCGUUCCACCUGGGCCGAACUAAACGGCGCCAUGGGUGACCUAGGCACCUACAUACCCAUAGUCUUGUCCAUAACCCUAGCAAAACACCUCAACCUCGGCACCACAUUGAUCUUCACCGGCUUCUACAACAUCGUCACGGGAGCAAUCUACGGCGUCCCCAUGCCCGUCCAGCCAAUGAAAUCAAUCGCCGCCGUCGCCCUCGCCGACCCCACCUUCUCCGUUCCCGAGAUCAUGGCCUCCGGCAUCCUCACCGGAGCCACACUCUUGGUGCUCGGCGUCACCGGACUCAUGCAGCUAGCUUACAAGCUCAUUCCUUUAUGCGUCGUGAGGGGAAUUCAGCUCGCGCAGGGCUUGUCCUUCGCGUUGACCGCGGUCAAAUAUGUGAGGAAAGUGCAAGACCUCCCCAAAUCCACGUCUUUGGAGAAAAGGCACUGGCUCGGGUUUGACGGGCUGAUUCUCGCCACACUAUGUGUUUGUUUUAUUGUCAUUAUAAACGGUGCUGACGAGGACCAUGGUUGCCAUCGCCAGGAUCCAGAUCAAGAAGUAAGCCGUGAAACCGAAGUUAGAAGCAAAAUGAGGAAGAUGAGAAGGGUUUUUUUCUCCCUUCCUUCUGCUUUUCUGGUUUUUGUGCUGGGUGUGGUUUUGGCUUUUGUAAGAAGGCCAAGGGUUAUGCAUGAGUUUAGAUUUGGACCCUCUUCCAUAGAGGUGGUGAAAAUGUCAAAACAUGCAUGGAGGCAAGGAUUUAUAAAGGGUACUAUUCCUCAACUCCCAUUGUCAAUUUUGAACUCUGUGAUAGCUGUCUGUAAGCUUUCAUCAGACUUGUUUCCGGGUAAGGAUUUCUCAGUGACAUCGUUGUCUGUAACUGUGGGGUUGAUGAACCUUGUGGGAGGGUGGUUUGGGGCCAUGCCAUGUUGCCAUGGGGCAGGUGGGCUUGCGGGGCAGUACAAGUUUGGAGGGAGGAGUGGUGGGUGUGUGGCACUUCUUGGUGCAGCCAAAUUGGUGUUGGGGUUUGUGUUGGGAAGUUCUUUGGCUCACUUUUUCAACCAGUUUCCUGUGGGGAUAUUAGGGGUGCUGCUAUUGUUUGCUGGGAUUGAACUAGCCAUGGCUUCUAGGGACAUGAACACUAAAGAAGAUUCCUUUGUUAUGCUCAUUUGUACUGCAGUUUCUUUGGUGGGUUCCAGUGCUGCUCUUGGUUUUCUGUGUGGGAUGAUUGUUUUUAUGCUUCUUAAGCUCAGGGAUUGGACCAAUGGGAAACCACUGAAUGCUAUUUGGAGGCAUGAAGACCCAAAUGAACAAGUGUGAAGGAGAAAAUUAGGAUAUUAAAUAUGUAUCUCAUUAUCUAUAUAUGCUGUUGCUAUCAGUGUCUUGUAGUGUAAAUAAUUGCAUGACUUAGAAUAAAUCGUCUCAUGCAAGUUUCUUUUUGUUGCCAAUUAUUCUAGCUUUUCUGGGAUUUGACUGAAGUGUUGAAGUUUUAGUCAUGUGUUGUAUUUGUAAGGAAAGAAUAUAAAUGUAGCUUCUACUUCAAGUUUA